AUGCCUCAUCCAACUAUUGAUGAGAUUGUAGUUGUUGCUGGUUCUCAAGGUGAGAUCUGCAUCAUAGAUAUAGAAUCUGGAACUUUACUUAGGAAAAAGCACGAAUCAGGUUUGUAUUGUAAAGAGCCUUAACUCAAAAAUAAAAUCCUCAGUAUGAAUUUUAGCCCAGAUGGGAGUUAGUUUGCAAUAGGGACUGAAUUAGGGUCGAUAUCUCUUUUUGGAAUAAAAUCUGAUAGAAAUAUGAAAAUUUGCAAUGUAGAGUAGUUCAUUCCUCAGGAUAAUUAAGAAAGAUAAUAAGAUCCAUUUAUUGUAUUCAUAAAGGAUACUAGUCUUUGUAACUAAAAUUUCUUACCUUAUAACUACACUUCAAGUAUCAAUCAAAAUUCAGAGACUUAUGAAAAAUUUCUUGAGUUAAGAUAGCAAGAAAUCAUGAAUGAAAAAUAAUUUUAUAAGGACUUAAAGAAAAUGAAUGGAUCUUUUGAAUUGUCAUUGAGUAAUAUUACGAACUCAUUUGAUACAGAUAGUUCCAACGAUAGUGACUACACAUAAUAAUCUACGUCAUUGCUUUAAUCUUCAUUACAAAGGGCUAGUUUCAACAAUGCUAUUUCAACUAAUGAAGCUGCUCCCAGAGAAUUAGCAAGAAAAUUGAAAAAAAAAUCUUAAUAAACUCCCUAAAAAGUAUUGAAAUUUCUUAGCAAUAGUACAACUCCAUCCCACUAUCACUCAGAUGUAGAGAAAGAUUUCUCAGUAAUUGAAAAGUAUGUUAUACUUAUUUCAACACUUUUAUUUAGAAAUAGAGUGAUUUUUAUGCCAGAACAAGAUUUUAAUGAAGUUAAAGACAAAGAAUGCCAUUUUUGCUAGAAAUCAGGUAUAAAUUUUAUAGGUCCAUUCUUAGAUAUGCAGACCAACUAGAUCUACUGGUUUCAUUAAAAUUGUCUUGAAAUUAAUGACUAUAUAUUCUAGGAUAAAACUUAAUAAUCAGAAGUAAAUAAAAACAAUAAUAAGAGGAAUUACAAUGGUCUCACAAGUAUUAUUGAGGCAUAAUCAGAAAGUCCUGAGAAAUUUAGAUGUGGAAGAUGCAAAAAACUUGGUGGAACAGUAUCUUGUUUGCUUUGUGGUAUUUAUUUCCAUGGCACAGACUGUGCUUAAUUGAGGCUAAUAGAGGCAAAAGACUAUGAGCAUAAGUAUAUUUGCUAUUUCUGUUUAAAUAGAGAGAGAUAUAAUUAGAAUGAUCUUAAGCAAGAACUUACAAGAAUAAGUUAGUUUAGAACAAUAAAGCAUACUGAAAUAAAUCAUUAAGGAUCAUAUUUCCCUCAAGUAGGAGAUAUAGUUUAUUACUUAAAAGAUGGCCAUGAAGAAUUCAUCAAAUAGAACGAUCAUCUAUUUUUUAAUGGAAGAAAAGAAACAGCAAAGAAUCCAUUUGUUUGGGAAUAGUAAGCAGAUUUACUUGAAAGGGAUGUUUUAUGCGAAAUAGUACAAGUUGUUAUUAAAGAGCCUAGUGAGUUUAUACGACGAUAAAUCUUGGAAAUGGAUUAAGAUCUUGAUUAUUUGGUUAAGAUUACAUUAAAAAUUCUGAAAAGCAGAAGUCAUUUUGUUAUAAAGUGGAUGAGAUGUGCUGAUUAGCACUUUUUAAUUCUAAGAGAUAUUUUCAACUACUAGAGAUAACAUUUUGAAAGAUAAAUUCUUAAUAGAGCUCUACCUUUAUAUGUUGAAUACUUUGCAAAUGAAAAAUAAUUAUCUAGCAUUCUUGAGAUAAACGAAUCAUCUACUUAUUGGUAAUCAAUAGAUUGUAAAUUUAAAGAUGAUCAUGAAUUUUAUCUAAUCAAUUUUUGGGACAUAAACUUCUAGAGUUUCAGAUUGAGCUAUAAUAUAAAUAAAAAGGAUUAAGAUUUCAUAAUAAAGUAGAUGGAGAAAGUAUUCAAAAACUUCAAUAAGUAAGGAAAAUACAAAGCAACUGAUUGCAAGCAAAUAGAUAUUUCAUUAAUCAGAGAGAGACUAAAAUAGGAGUAUUAUCGAUCUAAGCUAAGUUUGAUAAGUGACUUGAAAGUUCUAUAUGAGUUUCAAAAUGAACCAAUAGCAACUAAACUCUGCGAAGUAAUUUCAAAUAUUAAUGAAUACGAAUUUGAAAUUGAAGUUACCUUUGAUAUUAUUAAUUUUUAAAAAUGA